CUGCAGCUGCAUACGGGGGGGGGGGGGGGGGGGGCGGGGGGCGCGGACUCAGCCCGGCAUCGUAGCAACGGGAUUCCUCGUGAGUGGCAGCCAUGACGCAGUCCGUAGUGAUUCAGGUAGGCCAGUGCGGGAAUCAGAUAGGCUGCCGCUUCUGGGAUCUAGCACUGCGGGAACACGCGGCCGUUAACAAGAAAGGAAUUUAUGAUGAAGCAUUAAGCAGUUUCUUUAGAAAUGUGACCUCUAGGACAGAUGGUGUUGGUGCUGAUGUUUCUCGAGGAAAAAUCUGUUCCUUAAAAGCACGUGCUGUGCUGAUUGACAUGGAAGAGGGUGUAGUGAAUGAAAUUCUGCAGGGGCCACUGAGAGAUGUCUUUGAUAGCAAGCAGCUGAUCACAGAUGUUUCUGGCUCAGGGAACAACUGGGCUGUGGGCCACAAAAUGUAUGGAUGCCGGUACCAAGAGCAUAUUGUUGAAAAGCUGAGGAAGGCUGCAGAGCAUUGUGACUGCCUCCAGUGCUUUUUUAUCAUUCAUUCCAUGGGAGGGGGAACGGGAUCUGGUCUUGGUACAUUUCUUCUAAGGAUACUUGAAGAUGAAUUUCCAGAAGUUUAUAGAUUCGUUACCUCAGUUUAUCCAUCUCGUGAGGAUGAUGUUGUUACCUCUCCCUAUAACAGCGUAUUGGCUAUGAAGGAACUCAGUGAUCAUGCUGACUGUGUCCUGCCAAUUGAAAAUGAAUCUUUAUUUGACAUAGUUAGUAAAAUUAAUCAGAUGACUAAUUGUGGAAAGUUAGGAUCAACUGUGAAGCAAACAAGCCCAAUAACUUCAAGUGCGGGAGGAAUACAUCAUUCUCAUGAGAAACCCUUUGAUACUAUGAAUAAUAUCGUGGCUAAUUUACUGCUCAACUUGACCAGCUCUGCUAGGUUUGAAGGAUCUCUUAAUAUGGAUCUUAAUGAAAUCAGCAUGAAUUUGGUCCCAUUUCCUCGACUUCAUUAUCUGGUUUCAAGCUUAACUCCUCUGUACACACUGGCUGAUGUUAAUGUGCCUUCUCGAAGGUUAGACCAGAUGUUUUCAGAUGCUUUUAGCAAAGAUCACCAACUGUUACAAGCUGACCCAAAGCAUAGCUUGUACCUUGCCUGUGCCCUGCUGGUCAGAGGAAAUGUACAGAUUUCAGAUCUUCGUAGAAACAUUGAAAGGUUGAAACCCUCACUUCAGUUUGUCUCCUGGAAUCAAGAAGGAUGGAAAACCAGCUUAUGUUCUGUACCUCCUGUAGGCCAUUCUCACUCACUGUUGGCAUUGGCAAAUAACACGUGUGUGAAACCUACUUUCAUAGAGCUCAAGGAAAGAUUCGUUAGGCUGUACAAGAAGAAAGCUCAUCUUCAUCAUUACCUACACAUUGAUGGCAUGGAACAGAGCUGUUUCUCUGAAGCACUUUCGUCUUUGUCAGAUUUAAUAGAGGAAUAUAAUCAGCUAGAAGCUGCCAGUUGUGGACCUACAGUAGACCCACCCCGACUUAAGAUAGCAAUGUAACACUUGAGGGGCUUGGUAGGGUUUUAAAGGUAAGACAUCAGCAAAUUAUGCACAUAAGUUCCACCCCAUGUGGAACACAGUUACAUAUAAUGGACUAAAAUCGGGAAGGGGAAACAAAAAAAGCACUUUGGCUUGAAUAUGUUCUUUUAAAAAGAGCAUUAUAAAUGUCAUUCUCAAAGGAUUGUGGAAGCUGGCUAAAUUUCUCAUGUAUCAUAUUGCACAUAUGUUGGACUACAUCUGUUGUCAAACCAGGAGGAUAUUACAGUAUCCUCACAGGGCACCUCUCCUCCAAUAUUCUGUGAUGUGCUUCUGUGUUAAGUACUGUGUUUGAAGAUACUGUAUAUAGAUUAUUAAAACAUAUUUUGGAUAA